AUGAUGCAAACUGCGCAGUCUCAGUCUCAGUCUCAAUCCUUAUCCGGACCCCAGCAGCAGCAGAACCACGUGUCGCUGCAUAGCAAACAAGAACCCGAUAGCGACGACGGUAAUAACGCUCUUCAAAGCGGGGACGAGAACGAUCAAGACGACGACCACGACAGUUCCGGUGCCGUUCGCAAUGGGAAGCGUAAGAGGCCGAUCUCUGUAUCGCGGAAUUCAGUCUUCUGCGAAUAUCGUGAACGGAAAAAGCCUGGCCUUAGAGCAGGUUAUGGUAGAGAGUUGGAGCAGAGACUUGAUAAGCUCGAAGAGAUAUUAAGAUCUCAUUCCGAGAUUUUACAGAGCUCCUUCAUCAGCCAUCCCCAUCAUAACGUAGCUCCGAGUGUGCGCAAUAGCAACUCGAGUCUACCCAGUGACCAUGGCACCCCUCGCGAGCCUGCGCCGCUGUUUCGUCCUACGGAACCUAUCAGAACUCCCCAAGCCGAGACGGCACUUUUCUUGCAAAAGCCAUCCACCUUUUCCGCGACAUCACAGCAUGUCGACUUCGGCUUGCCUCCUCCAACGCCAUCUAUGCAUUCCAUGCAUGAUGGUUUCCAACCUCAGAUGCCUAUGGCCGGUAUCUCCCCUACCAACCAAUUAGGAGCUGGCCUUCAGCCAGGCCCUGCCGCCCAGGAGUAUUAUGGCCAAUCUCAGCAGCAGCAGCAACAACAGCAAGUCCGAUCUCCGGGCAUGAAUGUUACCCAAGGUCAAAGUCCGAUAUCUUCAGACCAGGAUCUUCCCCCCUACGACCUUCUGUAUGCCUUGGUGGAUCUAUACUUCAAACAUAUCAACACCUGGUGUCCUAUCCUGCAUAGAAAAUCCACUUUAGACUCACUAUUUGGGCCUUCUACAUUGGAUGAUACCGAUAAAGUGCUACUGCAUGCUAUCGUGGCUGCUACUCUGCGGUACUCGACGGAUCCUCGACUAAACGAAGAAAAGAGACGACAUUAUCACGACGUUUCGAAACAGAGGGUCUUACUUUAUGGUAUGGAAAAUUCGUCAGUGAAGGCGUUGCAAGCUUUAGUUAUCCUGGCGCUGGAUUUGUGCGGGAGUAGUAAUGGCCCGCCUGGAUGGAACAUCAUGGCUUUGAUAACUCGUUCGGUUGUGCAAUUGGGUUUAGCUGUCGAGAGCAAUUCGCUUUCAGUGUCGCCAAAUUACGCGUCAAUAUAUACCCUACGAGCUAUGGUCUUGCCGGAACCGAAGGAUUUUAUCGAAGAGGAGUCUAGGCGGAGACUCUUUUGGAUGAUAUAUCUCCUAGACCGAUAUGCGACGAUCGCUACUGCGUUUGACUUUGCCCUGAAUGAUAAGGAGAUCGAUCGGACGCUUCCUUGUAGAGAUGAUCUGUGGAUUAAAAAUCAGAAGGUCGAGACGAGGUGGUUCCACACACAGGAUCGCCCUCCAGAUCUCCCGGAUCAUGACGUGAACAAACCCGAGAAUCUAGGUGCCUUCUCCUACUACAUUGAGAUCCUUGGCAUACUAUCUAAAAUUCAUGAGUUCCUGAAACAACCGGUUGAUAUCGGUGCGCUUGGCGAUGUCGAGCAAUGGCAGCUUCGAUAUAAGGAGCUUGACAACCUCCUUACGUCGUGGAAAUUCGGCUUACCCGGCGAGUAUGGAAACAUGGCUAAAUUGUUCCAACCAGGCGGCAGCAAGACCCUAAACUGCGGGUGGGUUAUGCUACAUGCCACAUAUCAUACGGCUGUGAUCCGGUUGCAUUCAUCAGCCGCAUAUCCGACCACUCGAUCACCCAUAUUCACGCCGUCAUAUAGCGCCAGCCAACGCUGCUUAGGAGCAGUGGAGAACAUCGCUGCCCUCGGCGAGUUUGUGGUUCAGAAUAGCAUGUUGAACAAACUUGGACCUCCAUUUGCUUUUACGCUAUGGGUUGCCGCGCGUUUGCUUCUUGUACACGGCUCGACGGUCGAGCACAAGCUAGCGCCGCAGAUCGCCUUCUUAGUCGAUACCCUCCGCGAUAUGGGUAGGUACUGGCCAGUCGCAGGGAGGUAUUGUCAGCUACUUCAGCGAGUACUCGACGAACAUAGCGACAGCGAAAGAGCCGUGGGCCAGACGGGUGAACGUAUCACGCCGUCGUCGGUGAAAAUCCUGGCAGAUAUGAGAAGGACCGCGUUCGAUCUCGAUUUCUUAAUCAGCCGCCAGCCUCGUGCCUUAGCAGGUGUGCCAAGUCGGCGACCCAGCGUAACACCCGCACGUACCCCGGCGCCGAAUGAGCUUGAGUAUCUUGACGUGUUUGAUUUCUUUAACGUGCCGCGGUUACCAUUCAGUCAUGAGGCAUCUUCGGCCCCGCCGAACUCGAACGAGAUGAACCCGGAUAAUUCGGGGACAAACAACGAAAACAAUGGCAUGAGCGGAGCGAAUGGCGCCUCAAAUGAGUUCAAUAUCACAAAUUUCAUGGUCGAUGCAAGUAGCGAUUGGCUUUUCAAACAGCCCAACUAA